GAAUCUCAAGGAGUGAUCAGUGGAGCAGUGUUCCUCAUCAUCCUUUUCUGCUUCAUCCCUAUACCAUUUCUCAGCUGCUUUGUAGAGGAACGAUGUAUAAGCUUUCCCUACGAUGAGUUUGUGGAGCUGAUCGGUGCACUUCUUGCAAUUUGCUGCAUGAUCUUCCUGGGAUUUGCUGAUGAUGUGCUCAACCUUCGCUGGCGAGUCAAGUUGCUGCUGCCUACCAUGGCAUCAUUGCCUUUACUCAUGGUCUAUUUCACUAACUUUGGCAACACCACUAUUGUAGUGCCAAAGCCCUUUCGAAUGCUUCUGGGUCUCCAUCUGGAUCUGGGUAUUCUGUACUAUGUUUACAUGGGAAUGCUGGCUGUAUUUUGUACAAACGCCAUCAACAUCUUAGCUGGCAUCAAUGGACUUGAAGUGGGACAGUCGCUGGUGAUAUCAGCUUCAAUAAUCAUUUUCAACACUGUUGAGUUAAAUGGAGAAUUCCGUGAUGACCACAUCUUUUCCCUUUACUUCAUGAUUCCAUUUUUCUUCACCACAUUGGCAUUGUUUUAUCAUAACUGGUACCCUUCAGCAGUGUUUGUUGGAGACACAUUCUGUUAUUUUGCCGGGAUGACCUUUGCAGUGGUGGGGAUCCUUGGACAUUUUAGUAAGACGAUGCUGCUGUUUUUUAUUCCACAGGUGUUAAAUUUCCUGUAUUCAGUGCCUCAAUUGUUCCAUCUUGUUCCUUGUCCCCGACACCGCAUACCUAGACUUAAUCCUAGCACUGGAAAACUGGAAAUGAGUUACUCCAAAUUUAAAACAAAGGAUCUGUCCAAGCUGGGUUCUUUUGUGCUACAGGUGGCAAAGAAAUUGCAUGUUGUGGAAGUGAGACAGGAAAUUGGUGAGAAUGAAGAGUACACAGAGUGCAACAACUUGACUCUUAUUAAUUUUAUCCUAAAACUCGUUGGACCAAAACAUGAGAGAACUCUAACUAUUCUCUUACUUCUUAUACAGAUUUUGGGUUCUACAGUUGCAUUCCUAAUCCGCUAUCUGCUGGUUCGUCUCUUCUAUGAUGUUUGAAGAUAAAAGAACUGAGAAAACUGAUGAAGGACAAUAUCCUGUUGGUUUACAUUCUUUAUGCUAUCUGGAAAUUGUUUGAUAUUGAAGACUGUUUAGUUAACCUGUCGAAGCUCCCGAAUCCUUCUUUGGAAUGUGAAAUUGGCGGAAUGAUUCAAUCAGAUUGGUUUAAAAAAGGAUGCAGACUAGAAUAAAUGCUGCCCAUUUCACUGCUUUGUUUGGAAUGUCACUAAAAUGUGCUGUCUGAAAAUUCUGACUUUGACUUUCUAAGCUCCAGAUUUAAUUCACUGUGAAUCUUUAUUAGUUAAAUUUGCCAGCGAAAGAUGGCAUUCAUUUUCUUUCUCUUUAUUUACUUCUAGUUCUCCUUUCUCAUGAGAAUAUGUUAGGUGGUGCUGGACAUAGGAUUCAGCUAAUACAGUCCUAUUAUAGCCAAGUCUGAAGAUGGAAGCUGUAUAUGUUAAGUGUAAAUAGACCAUGAGUAUUAAACUUUAUGUGAGAAAAAAAAUAUCUCUGCUUAUCAGACAAAAAGCCAUUAUACCUCUCAGACUAUGUGAUGUUUGCACUUAACUUGGCUUUGGAUCUUCCUCCUGGAGGAAGACAGUUGAAGCCAUUUUAGUAUAAAAUGCUGCUAAAUCUUAAAAAAUGCAUUAUGAGAGGAUGUUUCAUCAUAUCAUAUGCUGUUACUGCUGGAAAACUGUAAAGCUUCCUCACUCAGUACACCUGCAACUCUGCCACAGAACAUUGCCUGCUAACCUCUCCAGAAGCAACUGAAAUGUUGAAUCCUUAUGGUUCUUUAACUUGUUGAUUGUAUAGUGCAUAACACUUGCACAAAUGGACUUUUAAAUAAUUUUAAUGUUUUGUAUAGAAAUGGAAGUGACUAACUGCUGUCAUAUGUCUACUGGCACUACUGUACAUUAAUGACUUUUAGAACAGACAGCUGAAACAGCAGUAUUUAUUGCCAUUGAAGGCUGCAAGCAGAUACCUAGUGAAAAUGGUCUACAGGCAAGUAAAGAGUUCAGUUUUGUGAUGAUUGCAGAGAGGAGAGAAAUUGAUCUGUGGCACAAUAUGUGCUGCUUAUAGUGUACACUAAAAUACUGAAAUGAUUUUAAUUAAAAACAAGAAAUGAUAGUUUUGGCCAGUUGAUAAUGUGUUCAGCAAAUUCAUUUUUUAUAAGCAUGUAGCUUACAAGGGAGCCUUUGCUUGGUUUCUACCCGUAAUGUUUUAUUAUAUCUGAUGCUUGUCACUGUGUUGCUCUGUAUAGUUUUUGUAGACUGCCCUUAACUUGCAGCUAUUACUUUGCAGGUUUCCUAGGCAUUGGAAACUGGUAGUUGGAAAGCUGUCCUGUCAGCAUUCAGGAGACUCAGUUAUGCAUUCUAGUUGAUUGAAUAAUUAAAGGCUGGCAUAAAUUGAUUUUGCUUUCUAGUUUGAAGAAAUUCACUUGUUUUGGGCUGUUACCCUCCUUUAGCCCAACUCUCCCUUUUAGGGGAUUGUUACGAUUUGCACUAAAGGGCACCUCUGAGCAAUAAAAUGUAAGCUGUUGUAUA